AUGCCUCCUGCCUGCGACUGCCUGAAGGAGGGGACGGGGGGGUGCCUGAGCUGCUGCCCCCCCGCACCCGGCCAGCCCGCCGGCGGCUGCGCCGACACCACGCCAAACGGCGACUUGGUGACCGAGGGAGGCGGGGGGGGGCCGGGGGAGGGAGCGGGUGGAUGGUACUUCCCCAAACAUGCUGCCUGCCGCUUCCCCCCAUCUGCUGCGCCCCCACCAGAGGACCGAGACCGGGCAAGGUCCAUCUGGGACGGGCUGGCUGAGGAAGCCAGGACUGCCGCGGAAGGGUUUUGGGCCAGACCACUGCCAUACGCCCCACACAACACCGAGCAGCAGGGGAAGGGGCAGGGCGCGAGUGCACCCGAUGGGGGCGGGGAGGGAGCGCCAGCUUCAGCAAAUGCAUGCCCGGAAAAGGGGAAAGAGCCCGGGUGGAAUGAGGGCGGUGGGGACGCUUGGAAAUGGGAAAGAAGCGUGAGCGAGGGGCCAAGAAUUGGUCGUAACGAAAAUCCAAAUAAACGUCCUGAUGAGGAAAUAAAAAAUGCCCACAGGGAAAACACGUGGGACCGGAGCGCACGUGCUCGUACGGGGCGUGGAUGGAGCCACACCCUGCCCACCCACAGGGGGAGUAGGCGGGGCCGGAGCUCCUCGGCCCGCCCAGAACGUGGGCGGAGCCACACCCCGCCCACCCACAAGGGGAGCAGGCGGGACCGAAGCCCACCUGCCCGCCCAGGUAGUGGGUGGAGCCAUACCCCGCCCACCCACUGGGGGAGCAGGCGGGACCGAGGCCCACCUGCCCACCCAGGCAGCGGGCGGAGCCACAGCCCCCGGACACGCAAGGGGUAA